AUGGCGGUUUUACAGUAUGACAAUAAUAAUACGAAUGAAUUUACAUGCACGUGCAGGGGGAGGCUUGACGUUUUUGACAGAAAUAAAGAUAUUGAACAUGAAGUUUUGGAAGAUGAAUAUUCAAUGGAAAUUCCUAAUUAUGAUCUCUACAGAGACAUUAAUACUGGUACCAAAUUUACAUUACUGAAGUUAGAAUCUAUCCUGUGUUACCUUGAACAAUUUCAAAAGAAACUUGAUGACGACUCAAAGAAACUUUAUACCAAUCAUUUUCUGAAAUACUUGAGAAGAGCAUCUACUGACAGUUUAUAUUUUUUCAAAUCCGAAUGUCAUGCCGAAAUGAAGAAGAAAGUUUCGUAUCACAUUGACAUAAGAAUAGAUUUAGAUGGCUUUAUAGCAGAAUCCCAAUGUGCGUGUGCUGCUGGAAAUGGACGCACUGCACACUGUAAAAAUGUUUGUGCAUCAUUAUAUGCGAUUUUUAAAUUUUCAACAUGUGCUGAAAUCAUUACAGAAUUAUCUUGUAACUCACAACUACAAACUUUUCAUCAAAGUAGACAUUUUAUGGCCAGUCCUCUUAAGUCUAAAGACCUGCCUCUGUUAGGAUAUAAAGACGUUAAUUUUGAUCUAUGA